AUGAGUUCUCCUUUCCAGGUCGCUGAACACGUUAUCGAUGGGCAGUACAUUCGGGAAUACCCCCGGGCCACAGCAACUCCCGAUGCCCCUUUGAAACUUUGUAUUAAGCAAUAUACCCCGGUGGACAAUCCCAACCCUCAACCGGGGGACAUCACGAUCGUCGCUACCCAUGGCACUGGAUUUCCCAAGGAAUUAUACGAGCCUCUCUGGGAAGAGCUCCUAGCACGCUCCAAAGAGGAUGGAGUCCGCAUUCGAUCAAUUUGGAUAGCAGAUGCCGCCAACCAGGGUGCUAGUGGUGUUAUUAAUGAGCAGAACCUCGGAAAUGAUCCUUCUUGGUACGAUCACAGCCGCGAUGUGAUCCAUAUGAUCAACCAUUUCCGCGCCCAGAUGACACGUCCAAUUGUGGGUAUUGGACAUAGCCUGGGCGCCACGCAGUUAGUAUUUGCAUCUCUAAUGCACCCUAGACUCUUCAAUUCUCUAGUAUUGAUUGAGCCGCAUAUGACCGACAAUGCCUUGGCUGGAGACGGCCCGCUAUUUGUGGCUAUGUCAACUAAAAAACGUGAUGUAUGGCCAUCUCGCGAAGAAGCGGCGGAAAAUUCUCUCAAAGUGUUGAAAGCGUGGGAUUCACGCGUGUUUGAACUCUGGAAGAAAUACGGUUAUCGCGACCUGCCCACGGCGAUGUACCCGGCUCCCAAAGAUGGUACUCGCCCAGUGACAUUGACGACUACCAAGCACCAGGAAACGAUAAUGUACACUCGGCCAAAUGUCAAGCGGCACACGCAAUUAGGAGUCCCUCAGCCUCAGGCUUACACGGAGCCAAAGCCCGGCGAGACCGGCCCACCACCUCAUGACCCGCUAUUGUUCCCUGAUGUACUGGGGCCAUUGCUUCCCGAUCAGAAAUCGUAUCGUUCGGAGUCGAUCUUGGCUUAUAAGAUGGUAGAGCACAUCCGGCCUUCUGUUCUUUAUGUGAGUGCUUCACAUAGUCCACUCGGCAAAGGAGGUGAGCACGCAGAUGCGGCAAGGCGGACAGGAACUCGGUUUGGUGGCAGCGGUGGAAUGGAGGCUGGCCGUGUGCAAUAUGUGAGAAUUAAAAAGGCAGGUCAUACUGUGCCACAAGAGAAAGUGGCGGAGACUGCAUCGGUAUUGGGGCCUUGGAUCAAGCAGGAGAUUCAGCGUUGGCAGGAGGACGAGGCCAGGAUCUCGGAGGACUGGAGAGACCGACCUAUUCGUGAGAAAUCUGGUCUUCCUUUGGAUUGGAAUGAGGUCAUUGGAAGUUUGCGUCUUCCCAAGAGACCAGCUAAGAUUUAA